CCCCUUCCUAUAGGCGGCGGCGGCUCCGCGGGGCCCCCCCAGCGAUGGCCGCGAGCGGCUCGGGGCGGGGGGGGCGCGGCCGCUCCCCGGGGCCUCGGGGGGCUCAGGCCCGGCCUCGACCCCCCCGGCUCAGCCCCGGGCCCCCCCCCCGGCGCCAGGCUCGGGUCACGGUGCGCUACGAUCGGCGCCAGCUCCAGCGGCGCCUCGACACCGAGCGCUGGAUCGACGGCAGGCUCGGGGAGCUCUACCGGGGGCGGGAGGCGGAGAUGCCGGACGAGGUGAACAUCGACGACCUCCUGGAGCUGCCCACGGACGAGGAGCGAGCUCAGCGGCUGCAGGGCAUCCUGAAGACGUGCACCGCCGACACCCAGGACUUUGUGCGGGAGCUGCUGGCCCAGCUCCGGGGGCUGCCGAAGCAGCGGGUGCUGCAAGGGGACCCCGGCCCCCCCUGACCCCCCCCCGGCACCGCCUGCACCCCGAGACCCCCCCCCAAAUAUUUAAGCGCCCCCCACCCCCCUUUUUAUAACACCCCCACACCUGCUAUUUAAUAAAGCGCAGAUUUGGGGGACCCCCCCCCAAAAUGAUUGGGACCCCCCCCAAAUGAUUGGGACCCCCCCCAUCUGGUUGGGACCCCCCCCCCGAAAAGGAUUGUCCCCCCCCAAAACGAUUGGGAACCCCUCCCCCCCCCAGAGUGGGGGCACCCUAAAAUCUUUUUGGGGGGGGUCACCCCCUAAGUGGGGGCACCCCCAAAAUGAAGUCACCCCCCCCC